GAUAGAAAGAACGAAUAAAAAUGGCUUACAAGGUUGAUCACGAGUACGAUUACCUCUUCAAGAUUGUAUUGAUUGGAGAUUCUGGUGUGGGAAAAUCCAAUAUUCUUUCCAGGUUUACAAGAAAUGAGUUCUGCUUGGAGUCUAAGUCCACCAUUGGCGUUGAAUUUGCAACCAGGACUCUUAAGGUAGAGGGAAAGACUGUAAAGGCACAGAUAUGGGACACAGCUGGUCAAGAGCGGUAUAGAGCCAUCACUAGUGCUUACUAUAGAGGAGCCGUUGGUGCCCUAUUGGUUUACGACAUAACCAAGAGGCAAACCUUUGACAAUGUCCAAAGGUGGCUCCGUGAGCUGAGGGACCACGCUGACUCCAACAUUGUCAUUAUGUUGGCUGGGAACAAGUCUGACCUUAAUCAUCUGCGAGCAGUUCCCGCUGCAGAUUCUCAAGUGCUGGCCGAAAAAGAAGGCAUAUCAUUCCUGGAGACUUCAGCAUUGGAAGCUCUCAAUGUUGAGAAGGCAUUUCAAACAGUUUUGUUGGAUAUCUACCACAUUAUCAGCAAGAAGGCACUGGCGGCACAGGAGGCAGCUUCCACAACUGGAGUUCCUCAAGGCACCACCAUUAAUGUUGCAAAUCUAUCUGGUAAUGCCAGCAAGAGACCUUGUUGCUCAAGUCAGUAAGAUAAAAUGUAUUCUUCUGCAUAAGCAGGAGAAGACAUUGACAAUUUUGUUCAAUCAGGUCAUAUAUGAAGAAUUCUUUUCUUUUGUCACAUACAUUUUUUUUUAUUUGACAUUGACGCACAGAGAAAUAUCGGUGGGAAAUUGUUGUUUGUUACCAUUUGUGAGGAUGCAAGGAUGAAAAAGAAAUUGUAAGCAAGCGUUAUUCGUCAUUUUUAGUACUAAAUUAUCUUCUUUUGAGCCCGUUUAUUCUGAUUCUUACAAAUGUGCAAUAAAAUCUUUUCUUUCAUUGUUCAA